CAAGCAUGUUCCAUCGCCAGGUAUGUCAGUGGUGGAUUGAUAAAGUGGACAACAGGUUCAAUGAGCCGAUUGAAAAGUCGAUGCCGAUUAUCUUGGCCUGUAUGGCCAUCUUACGGGGGGAUUGUGCGGAGCUGAGCAGAGCACUGCGGAACGGUUUGGAUCCAGAGCAGCCAUGUCUACGAUUUGGGGUCAUCCCGAUGAGUGUCGCAGCUCAAAGAGGGAACAGAGAGAUCGCUAAAAUUAUGGUGGAGCAUGGAUGUUCCAUGUGGUACACCCUGAUCUAUAGAAUCCCCAUGAGUGCUUUGGCCAUGGCUGCGAUAUCUCGGAACAAAGAGGCGCUGGGAAUAUGGCUUGAGCAUCAUCACCAAGAGAAACACGCUGACCCUACUAAGCCGUUUUAUGCAUGCAGGCAAGCAUUUGAGAAAUUGGCGCGCAGGGGCGAUGUAGAGCUGAUGGAAUUCUUUGUGAAGCGGUAUCCCCGGGUAUUGAAUGAUCUCCUGGGGCCGUUGCGGCUGGCUGUUUGCUUCACACAGUUUGCAGCGGUGCGAUGGCUGUUUGCUCGUCUCAGCGCUCCUCUUACACCUGACCAGGGUAGACUGUUGCUGCUCAGCGCUAUGGAAGGCCCCUGCGCCUGGCAGCGAAUAUCACAGAUGGUGCAGCUGCUUCUGGAACUUGGAGUUAGUCCAAAUGGGGAGUCUCGGCAUAGGACGCCAUUGCAAAAGGCCGUGAUAGCUGGACAAGAAGAGAUUGCCGAGAUACUGUUGCAGUAUGGAGCGGAUGUAAAUGAAUAUCAUCCGCGUAGCGCGACAGUGGGUAGACAAGCCCCGCUGAUGUUAGCUAUCCGGCAGCGGUCUGUGUCUAUGGUUCGGCUGCUCUUGAGAAACGGAGCAAAUCGGACAUAUAUCAUGAAGCGCAAAAGGUACACGAUCCAUGAAAAUAAGAGACAAGUACAGAAUAUGGAAAAUGCGCUGAUUGGGCUUGGAUGGGAGGAAGAGCAGGUAAGGAGACAUGGAGGCUGGGACUACUGGGUGCUCUCGGAAAAGCUGCCGCCAGUGACUCCGAAGCAGGAAAACAAGUCCGGCGUGUUCGGAAAGGCAUUCCAGUCCCACACGUGACCCAAGAGCAGCCAUUUCCCGUUUGGGAGAAGAAACGAAAGGGGAGGGACUCCCAUUCUGGAGGAAACCAGAGUCCUUUCCUCCCGGUGAAUUUGCCCGCAAAGGUGAUGCCAUCCCAUCCCCAU